AUGAGAAUUGGCGUCUUCCAAAUUUCGACUUCAAGAUCCAGGUAAAUUUUUACUUUCCGUUUAAUUUUAUAGACAGGUGGGGCGCGCCGUAGCGCAACAGGUUGUGUGCCUGUCUACGAUCCACAGGGUCACAAGUUCGAUCCCCGCCCCGACCCAACCAAGGGGUUUAAGAAAUGUUGGUAGUGGGAAACCACGGCUUCAUAAUCCCCAGCCGUCACACACAAGGACGGAUAUGUCACUGGAGCCAGUCCACUGAUAUCAGGAUAGGACUUCGGCUAAUCGACUUGGGGCGCCGACGCCGCUCAAGCGGUACAAAGGCGUAGGAAGAAGAAGAAGAAGUUUUAUAGACAGGUAUAGCAAAUCAAAUAGAAUGAAUAACUUUGAGGAAAAAUUUCCUUACUUUUUGACAAAAAGCCUUCUCGAAAAAAAGUCAUUUAAUCAUUUUUGAAUUUUUGAAAAAUCUGCUAAAACACUUUUCGAAGCAUUAAGAAUCAAACACAUAGAUUUUUCGUCUGCGCAAACUUCUGGCUCUCAAGGAACUAGGAACUGCAGUUUCCCACCGUUUCAAACAAAAAUAGCCUUCUAUUGUCUGAUUUUCCGAGAACCUGGAGUUUCUGUCGGUUUAUAUUCAAUUUUUUCUGGCGGAGAUUUUUUUUGCAGGCUUUGUUAGAAUAGCAAAAUAACUGAGUCAGCAUCUCGUGACACGGAAGUUGAUUUCACCUCGCGUACUUUGAAUUAAAAGAUAUAUAUUAUUACUUUCUGACGGACUUGAUUCAUUAUAUAUUUUGAAAGUGCAGAACCUUCGAGUUUUUAAAGAUAUAUUUUACGAAAUUAACAGAAAAGUUAUUGAAAAGUAUAAAAUAUGCCAUUUUGAAGAUCAGAAUUUUCUAAAUUCAAAAGUUAGGUAGCUUAGCUGUUUUUUGACUCUAUUUCAUACAAAAAAAGUGUUUUUCCAUAUGGUAAUAAAUGUAUUUUUUUAUACUUUUCUAAUGAGUAGUGUAGUGGAACAAUCUCCAAAAUAGGUACAACUUUUCCAACUUGCUCUCGCAAAAGUUCUCCAAUCGUUUGGAAAAACCGACAUGAAUAGCGAACAUCUGACUGAUGUUUUUUCUACUUAUCACGCGGCCUCGCAGUUCUUUUGGGAUUACUCUGAUAGUCAAUGGCAACAGGCGCUCUGAAGAAAAAAAAAACCUAGCGGGUGCUCGGCGGGAUACGUGACGCGCCACAUGUUGUGUUGACCUAUGACUGCUUUACUCUCACCGUCUGUGAGCUCAAACCUUAGUGUUUGUACCAAAUUGCCUGACUUUUUUGUUAUGACUGGGUUCUGCUCCACACGAAGCCAAGGUAAGAGAUUUUUGUUCAACGGGAAGGUCAAAGAAUUUUUUUCUCUUGUUUAAACAAGAUAUCGUUCCUCCUCUCAGUGAAAGAAUGUUCUUUAUUCGCGUAACCCAUGCGUUUUUGAGAAAAAAACUGUUUUCGCUUACUUCACAACGGAAAAUAGUUUACUUCGCUACGCAACAUGGAUGAUUGGUCGCGCUAAGUACAUCCAAUGUUCAAAAGGCGUUCAGUUUCUUUUUUAUUUACUCUCCAAGGUCAGUUAUUUCUCUCAAAGCUCACUAAGAACAGUCUUCAAAAAGGUCUUGACAAGUUCAGAUAAAAAAGAUCCCUGAAAAAUACUAUAGAAAGCUGUGAUAAUUUUGAAAACAGUACAGAUACUCUUCAUUUACUGGACCAAUAGGAAUAUGACUAGCUCCACAAUUCAAUAAAUGGGUAGAAUUGGUUUUUUUUAUCUAUUUCCCAAAACUGAUUACACCAGAUGAGCUUCCAAAUUGUGCGCUUCCCACCUGCUGCGGAGUUGUGCUUGUCCGGUAAUAAGAAAAAUAUUUUUUUCGUUUGAAUAUCAUCAUUGCUCAAGCUCAUUUCCGAGAAAAGGACAGCACAAAAACAUUUUAUCCGUUUUCUCAUGGAUCUUCACGUUUAUAGGUUUUCACAUCAAACUCGCGAUGUCGACGCUCUGAAAUAUUUCUUUCUGCUGCAUUUUUCAUUGAAUUCUUAAAGCCAGACUAUCUUACUUCUGCUCUAACAUGGCUGUUUUCAUAAGAGUCAUAAGAUGUGCUCCAGUUUUUUGUUCAUUUUUUAUAUGCCGUUCUUUGUUCAGAGAAGACCUACACAAAGCUUUUUCUUACUUGGGCAAAACAUGUUAUCACGGCGAAACACAACGUUAUCCGGCUAAGAGGAUUAAGCCUGAUAGUAAACAUUCAAUACAAACCCGUAGGCGUAUGUCGCAAAAAGAUGUUCUAUGUGAACUUUUUUUCAUUUUUCAAAUGGAUAAAAUUUACUUUUUUUCAACCUUUAAUCGAAAUAUUUUUUUCAAUUUUUUUGAAUUGUGUCGUUGCAGAUGCGGUGGAAAAUCGUAAAAAAAUUCAAAUUUGACUGUAAACUUGAUCGGUCAGAGAGCAAUUUUUUUCUCAAGGGUUGCGGAGAAGACGUUCAACCCAAACAAAACUGAAACCCAUUUUCUUCGCAGGUCGUCUGAUACUAUGAUUUUUUCCCUCUCUGCUUUCAUAGUCGCGACCAAAACGUAAAAUUCAUUUUUUUAAAAUAGUUUCAUGGCCCGUCAUUUUUACCUUUUUUUAAUUUUAUUCCUAAUUUGAGUUGAUCCAAUUUCUUUAACUUUUUAUAUUAUUGAUUCAAGUACUAGGUUUAAGUCAUUAUUUUUACUGAAGAAGGUUUUCAAAGUAGAAUUAAAAAUCUUAAAAAUAAGUGGGUGAAAAGUUUCGGUAGCAAGUCAAUGACCUUGGAGUCUUAGAGCCACUUUAAAUCAAAAUUCCCAAGGGAAACCGCAAAAGAGGAGAGGUCGGAGAAAAAACCGGACAUUUGAUUCGAGCAAGUCACUUGAAACCAAAUCAUUGCCGAGAACCGCCACGUUUCGAGUGUUUUUCCAAUUUUCUCUGAAUCAAAAGUUUUUCUUUGCAAUCGUCAUUUUUUUGCCGUUUGAAUCAAAAAUCGCCACUUUUCUUUUCUCAACUGAAUCAGUAGUUUUUGCUGUAGACAGUAUGAACAAAGGAAGAUACUCAUCCCUUUUAUCAUUAAUUAGCGCUGUUUGCAUCAGCAAUAAUAAAAUUCGAGCAAUUUAUCUUCACACUCACAGGAGUCGGAAGUGAGCUUUCUGAAAAUCUUACCCGACAAUUAGUGCGUGCUCUUGGAACUAAGGCUGCAAAAGGGCGCGACGUGGAAGAAAAAAACUGUGAGCCGCCUUCCAUUCGCCUCAUUCAAUUGGAUUAUUCUCUAGGGCUGCUCUCACACCUUUCCACAUAUCAAUUUCCCUUUAAUUUUCGCGCGAAUGUGAAAUUCCUUCACGAUGAAUCCAAUAUCGCUUCUGUAAGAGGUGCUUUGAAAACGAUCCAAACAGAGUUUGGAAAGCGUCUUUUUCAAAUUUAUUUCAAAUGGGUUUUCCUGCUUUUGGCAUAAUAAAAUCGAAUUUCUCGAACAAUUUUAUGUAAAUUCGAUCGAGUAAUCAGAUUUCAGAAUGAGGAAGCUACAAUAAAGCUCAGGAGCUCUUAAUUUUAUGUAUGGAAUAUGCCUGUUUUUCCUUUCUCUUAGAACGCGCUCAUUCUUUUUUUUUUUAUUAAGCCUUGGCGUCUCAGAGAUACAAAACCCUUUUUUUUUAUUAUUGAAAUACACUUUAAGGAAUUUUAUGUUGCAUGAAAAAAAUUUUUUUUCGAAGCCUUCGAGCUAAUCAUUGAACUCUAAGUUUGCCUUAAUUUUCAGAUAUUGCUAAAUUUGAAUCUUAUCUAAAAAUGAUUUUGAAAACUAAAGAUCGUUUUAUACAAAUGUAAAUUAGAUCGCAUGAAAUUAUCAAGCAAGAAUUGAUGGAAAAAAAAUAAUUUUUCAGCCGGUUGAGUGUGUUGCCUGCAGCACCGGUUGGCGAAUACUGCCGAGGUCAGCACGACCAUUGACUAUCGUCGACGACGCUCCCACGCCUUAAAAAUCGUUUCGCUCAUCGAUUUCGUAUAUUUCGAGCCUCCCUAAUUCUUCACUUUCUCUCUACGAUUCGACUUUUCACUGAUUCAAGGUAAUUUUUUUCUAGGAAUGAAUCAUUUUUUUGAAGAAUUGAUUUAAUUGAAAAAUCUGUUUCCGUUUCAAAAAAAGACUUCCGCAUUCAUCAAAAGAAUUAUUAUGUUGAUUUCAGGCAAGUGGGAUAGUAAUAAAUUAAAAUCAAUUUUUUUCAUUUUUUUCAACAAGUUUCAUUGAAAAAAAUAUAAAAUAAAAAAAGAGCCGAAAAGUUUUUCAAAAAAAGCCAUUAAUUUCUCAAAAAUUUUUCAGAUUGUUUUUUUCUUGUUUGUCAAAUAAUUUUUUUCAAGGAUAUCGCGAAAACUCUGAAAAUAAAUUUGAUACUUUUUGUGCAACUACUCAGUAUGUUGAAACUUUGCUUAUUCCCUGAGGUUUUUUGUAACUGCUUGGAGCUGUUUGUACAAAAGUUCCCGUUCCAUUGAAUUCGUUUUUUUUUUAUGAGAAAGGAAAUUUUACACGUCAGCGCAAAAAAAAAGAAAUUGCGGGGUGAGAAACUUUUCGCGGUCUAGAACAUCACUUCUUAGUGCGCAUUAUGUCUUUGAAAAAUUAUAAUGUUACAAUAUCAACCGAUGGUUUUUAUCUGGAUAAGUUGAGAAAGUAACCUUCACUCUCUACACAUGACACUUCACGUGAAGCACUUGUUAAAAACAUUCGAUUGCGUUUUUUUGAUGGCAGCUUGUUUUGUUGGAGAUACGAAAUUCCUUUAUCCGUCUGGAAAUGAAGGGUUUCAAGGAUGAAUUCCAACAACUCUGUACAGCAGAAACUUUUUUCCAGUGCUUCACUUUGUAAAUAGAAUUAUCGGCUCAGUUUAUAGAAUAGGUGCUAAGAAAUUCUCAUUUUUCAGAAAUCUUCUAAACGUUUCUAAAUGACCACGAUGCACAAGAAAGUCGUGAACCCAUCUCCGGCUUAUUUUAAGCCUGCGCCCUCGGAGAUCAACUUCGGCAAAAUGCGUUUCCUAAUCACCGACCGACCCAGCGAUUCCUCUAUCAAUACCUACAUUGAGGUGAAAACUAGACUCUACUUUUUAAGGUUCUUAGGGGUGAAAAUGUUAAAUUUGACACGGUUCGAAAAAGUCGGACCUGUCUGCGCUCUUCUUUCUCUCACCGGCGCUCCAAAAAAAAAUAGCAAUGAGAGAGAAGCACUUGAAAAGGAAAAACAGCGUAAUCGGACAGUUCUUAUUUUUCGCGAGUUGGAUACCGUCUAAGAAAACUCAUUUUAAGAAAUGUUUCAUAUUUGACAGGAUUACGGCAGUAUGAAGAUGAGAUUAUAGAUUAUUCCGUAAGAAUAUUAUGAAAACGAAUGUUUCAAACAUUUAGGAGCUGGAGAAGCAUGACGCCCGAGCUGUUGUUCGCGUCUGUGAGCCAACUUAUGAAACGACGGCUCUGCGAGAGCACGGAAUAGACGUGCUCGACUGGGAGUUUUCUGAUGGUUCCCCGCCUCCGCCUGAGGUAAAUUUGGUCUACUAUGCAAGAGAGAAUUCUCAUAUAUUGUAUUCGCUUCUAAUUGAAGUUUAAUAUAUGCCCAAGAGGCUACUAGGAGCUGCGAAUUUACUAGAAAGAACUGGAUAUUUUGUGAGAGGGAUGAAAGUCAGUUACUUAUUUACAAGAUGGUUCAGGUGAUCCGAGACUGGAUGGAGCUCAUCAAGACGUCUUUCAAAGAGCAUCCUCAAAGAAGCAUCGCCGUGCACUGCGUCGCAGGACUCGGAAGAGCUCCGGUCCUUGUUGCCUUGGCUCUCAUUGAAGCCGGCAUGAAGUACGAGGACGCCGUUGAGAUGAUUCGAACGUGAGUUUUUUAUAGGCUUUUUCAUUUUAUUGCAACCUUCUGGUACCUUCAAAAUGAUAAUAUUUUUUAAGCUCAAAUCAAGACUAGGAUUUUUUUAAAAAAACGACUUUUUACAGGUGCUUUGAAAAGAAGCGGGGAAAAGUUCGAUAUCUGCAUUUUUUUAUUGAAUCUCUUGGAUAAUAUAAGAUUUUUUUAGAAGAAUUCCCCCGCACCCAAGAAAUCGGUUUUUUGAGGUUUGCCUGAUGAAAAAUCUGACCAAAUGGUAGCUUUAAUCAAAAGCCGGAAGAGAUAUCACAAAAAAAGUAAAUAUCGCUAGAUAACUUUUUCAUAUUUCAGGCAACGCCGAGGAGCUCUCAACCAGAAACAGCUGCAGUUCCUCGAGAAGUACAAGCCGACGGGGGAACUUCGCAAGCUUCGAUACUCGGUGAACGGCAAGCAGAAGACUUGCUGUAUCAUGUAA